UCUGUGUCUCUCCGCCUCAAUUCUUCUCUCUACAUAUAUAUACAAAAAUUUACACACAGUGCCAAAUCUCAUCAGCGAAAACCCCCGUCUCCCCCACCCCCUCUCUAAAUUCUCGAUUUCUUCCUAUUCAAAUUCAUCCUCAGAUUCUCAAUCUCAUUUCAUCCACUGAAUCACACCCUCUCGCUCACACAGAUUUUUCUACAAAUAUUUUCUCUAGAUAUAUCUUUUUCGAUCAUUUGUUUUAUUGAUCUGGAAUUCAUUUCUUUCUCGAUCUAUGAAUUACCUUUAUUUACCUUUUGUUCUAGGCAAUUGAUUAUCAAUCGGAUUUUUUUGAAUCGGACGGCGCAGAUUGGACCGUGUUUUCUGUUUCUGGAGAUGAGGAUUGGAUACAAGAGGAAUUGAAAUUUGAGGGUAAAAAUGCCUGGAUUAGCUCAGAGGAUUAAUAACAAUUCUAGUGCUGAUAACAAUGAUACUAAUACUAGUUACCAGAAUCCAUUGGUGGGGAAUGGCACGCUGCCGUUCCAUUCCUUCAAUGCUUCAUCCGUUUCUAGUAAUGGGUUCUGGUCCAAGCAUCGCAAUGAUGUGAGCUACAAUCAGCUGCAGAAGUUUUGGUGUGAGCUGACACCACAAGCUCGAAGAAAUCUUCUUAGGAUAGAUAAGCAGACACUCUUUGAGCACGCUCGGAAGAACAUGUAUUGUUCUAGGUGCAAUGGUUUGUUGCUUGAAGGUUUUUUGCAGAUUGUCAUGUAUGGGAAGUCUCUACAGCAGGAUGCAGCCGGUGGUCCCUACAGUGCAAGAGCAACAGACAAUCAAAGUGAUGGAGACCUGUGUAUGGCAAAUGAAUGCCAAGAUGAUGCUCAAGAUCCAUCUGUCCAUCCAUGGGGUGGAUUGACUGCGGCCAGGGAUGGGACACUCACGCUCUUGGAUUGCUAUCUUUACUCAAAGUCUUUAAAGGGGCUUCAAACUGUGUUUGACAGUGCUUGUGCAAGGGAAAGGGAACGUGAAUUGCUUUAUCCAGAUGCAUGUGGAGGAGGUGGACGAGGAUGGAUAAGCCAAGGAAUUGCAGGAUAUGGUAGAGGUCAUGGAACAAGAGAAACAUGUGCUCUUCAUACUGCCAGAUUGUCUGUGGAGACUUUGGUGGACUUCUGGUCUGCGCUUGGAGAGGAGACUCGACACUCUCUUCUAAGGAUGAAAGAAGAAGAUUUUAUUGAAAGGCUCAUGUAUAGGUUUGACAGCAAAAGGUUCUGUAGAGAUUGUAGAAGAAAUGUUAUACGUGAGUUUAAGGAGCUGAAGGAACUGAAACGGAUGCGAAGGGAAACUCGCUGCACAAGUUGGUUUUGUGUGGCAGAUACAGCUUUCCAAUAUGAGGUUUCUCAUGAUACUGUUCUGGCUGAUUGGCAUCAGACAUUUUCUGAUGCUUUUGGAACAUAUCACCACUUUGAAUGGGCUGUAGGAACUGGAGAAGGAAAAUCUGAUAUCUUGGAGUUCGAAAAUGUUGGCUUGAGCGGAAGGGUUCAUGUCAAUGGACUAGAUUUAAGUGGGCUAAAUGCCUGCUAUAUAACUCUACGGGCAUGGAAGAUGGAUGGACGAUGCAAUGAGCUGUGUGUAAAAGCUCAUGCUUUGCGAGGCCAACAAUGUGUUCAUUGCAGGCUUGUGGUUGGUGAUGGUUUUGUAACAAUUACAAGAGGGGAAAGUAUCACUAGGUUCUUUGAACAUGCUGAGGAGGCUGAGGAAGAAGAGGAUGAUGAUUCCAUGGACAAGGAUGGAAAUGAGCUUGAUGGUGAAUGCUCCCGUCCUCAGAAACAUGCGAAGAGUCCUGAACUUGCUCGAGAAUUUCUCCUAGAUGCUGCAACUGUCAUUUUCAAGGAACAGGUUGAGAAAGCUUUUAGAGAAGGAACUGCUCGGCAAAAUGCACACAGCAUUUUUGUGUGUCUUGCUCUGAAGUUACUAGAGGAGCGUGUGCAUGUAGCGUGCAAGGAAAUCAUUACUCUAGAAAAGCAGAUGAAACUUCUUGAAGAAGAAGAAAAGGAAAAGCGUGAAGAAGAAGAGCGCAGGGAGCGCAGGAGAACAAAAGAAAGAGAGAAGAAGCUCCGAAGAAAGGAAAGAUUAAGAGAGAAGGAAAACCGGGAAAAGAAAUGUGCUGAAUCAAACUCAGAUCCUUUGGUCACUGAGGUCUCAAAGGAGGAGUCAACACCCUGCAUUGAUGAGGGUGUCAAUAAUGUUGGCUGCAGAGAUUCUUUCAGUGAAACGGGUGAAGCUACUCCAUCCAGUCCUUUGUCCCCCGAUAUUCAAGAUGACCAGCUUUUGACAGAGUACAGUUAUUCAAAUAUGGAAAAUCCCUCCGAAGAUAUUCUGGAUGGAGAAUUUGGCAACACGAGGGAUUGGAACACCUCUUUUCCAUAUGAUCACUUCAAGUAUUCUUGCAGGAAGCUGAAGUUCCGCAAAGAUUUGCAACGGGAUUUGAAUUUAAAAUGGUCUGAUAGGAGAAAAGGUGCAACCUUAUCCGAGAAUGGGGGUAUCAUUAGCAAAUAUGAGUCGAGAUAUCAUGCUGAUGGUUUUGAAUCUACAAGGGGUAUUAAUGGCUUUAGCAAGCAGUUAAGAACUAAUGCUGCAAAGUCUAACAUCAGAAAUUGCAACAAGUUAAGUGAAAAAUUUUCAUGCACCCAUAAUAGAGUGGGUGACAGAUAUGAUCCCCAUGCUUGCAGCUGUAACCAUCAUCAUGAUUAUAGAUCAAGGCCAGAGUUUCAUAUUACAAGAGUAGUGCGAGAUCCUAAAUAUGUUAAUAAGUUGGAGUCUCCAUCUGAUCUAUCAAAACCGUAUUAUCGUGGCAACAAGUAUACUCAAGUGGAUUGUGCGCGUGAGAUUAAUGGCCGACCUAGAAGCAAGAUUAUUGCCGGGAAUCCACCUAAUACUAAGAAAGUUUGGGAACCAUUAGAUUCCCAAAAGAAGUGUGUCCGGAGCAACUCGGAUUCUGAUGUUACCUUGAGAUCCACUCCCAAAGUUGAAGCUUCUGAAUCUGAUCAACUACCCGAAUCUUGUUCCACAAGUUCCGACGAAGUGACAGAUAUUUCAGUUCACACCAAUCAUGAUGAUACUGAUGUGUUACAUUUAACAAGGUCUAGAGCUGAGAAUUGUGGAGACUUAGACAAUGGGUUCCUUUCAGUGGAAAAGCCCCAGAACCACUCAAAGGAAGAUGUAGCAGAUGGUGAGUUAUGUCCUACGAAAAGUUCUGCAAUUGGAACAUUAGAUUCAUCAAUGAGCAGCUCGUCGAACUCUGAUAACUGCUCCUCCUGUCUCAGUGAGGGUGAGAGCAAUAUGUACUCAAAUCCUCAAAACCUGGAAUCAACAUCCACAUCAGAUUCGGAAGAGUCUAACCAAAACUCAGAGGGUAGAGAAGCUUCAGACUGCAAUGAAAAUGGUAUCACUGCAUCUCACAGGGUUGUGGAGGACCAGAAUACAUCAAGUGGGCAGGAAGCUAAGAGCCAGGGACCUGUCUCUGCAGGAACAAAUUCAUCAGGCAGUUUGCUUAAGGAAGCAGCUCCAGAUUGCGACAAUGGGAGAGUAAAUGUUAGCGUCAGUGCUCAACCUCAAUGCAUGCUUCCUCAGAUGCACAAUCAGAGCAUAAGCUAUCCCCUCUUUCAGGCGCCUGCAAUGGGUUAUUACCAUCAGAAUCCAGUUUCAUGGCCAGCUGCUCCUACUAAUGGAUUGAUGUCCUUUCCCCAUUCCAACCACUAUUUAUAUGCCAACACUUUUGGAUAUGGUUUGAACGGAAAUGCACGGUUCUUGCAGUAUGGGGCCUUACAGCAUCUGGGCCCCCCAUUACUUAAUCAUGCUCAUGUGCCUGUUUUCCAGCCUGUUUCUCAGGUUAAUGGGGUUAGCACAAAUGAGCCGUCGAAGGUUGCCCAUGUAUCUGGGCUAAAAGAAGCUCAACAUAGCAUGCAGAAGGUGGUUUCAACUGAUCAACAUCCUGCAAAUGCACCAACGGGUGUGGAUGCCGGACAAAAUGGGAAGGCCGAUAAAAUGGAUAUGGGAAAUAAUGGUUUCUCUCUUUUCCAUUUUGGGGGCCCUGUGGCUCUUUCAUCAGGAUUUAAAGCUGAUCCUGUCUCCUUGAAAGACGGAAUUAUGGGGGAUGCUUCUCCGAACUCAUCAGAUAACUCUCCUGGUGGAGAUCAUCCCAGCAAUAAGAAAGAUUCCAUUGAGGAAUACAACUUAUUUGCUGCAACUAAUGGCAUAAAGUUUUCUAUCUUCUGAGAUAGUUACAUAAGCGCCUGAGGCUGUUCUCAGUUUUAUUUCCCUAGUUCAGACUGAAUUGUGGAAGCUUUGAGCAAUUUACAACCCCAUAUUUUCUUAUAACUGAGUGCUGAGUGAUGCUAGCUUGGAGUACUUUGUAAUGGUGCACAAUAAUCGUCUGAGAAAUUUUUAGUGUCGUUCAUGUUUUACUGGUGGUUUUAUUUUGAUUGAUUUCUAUUUGUUCUUUUUCUUAUGCAGAGAUAUAUCAAGGAAAUUCAUUAUGUUGAGACUUCUACGGUUUUUCUGGGGAU